AUGGCCCCUCUGUUGGCUAAACUUCCACCAGAGACACAAAGCCUGUUAAUGUCACCUGAGGUGACUAAGCUUGCAACAAAGCUACCAGACUUGUUACAGUCAUCUCCAUUGUCUGACCUUUCACGAAGCUGGUCUCGUUCGCCUCCAAAGAAGUCACUACAACGAAAUUAUUUUGGAACUCCAGACCGACUCAAGAAAAAGGUUCACAAAGAUCUACCUGAAACAAAAAACCAAAGCUGUGAAGCUUCAGCAUGGAUUUUUCACUCUAAAAAGGAGAUAGAUGACCAUAUGAAUGAUGCUAUGAAAAAAAAAACCGAAGACAUAAUCAGAUGUGCUAAAAUGGAAUUGGCAGGAAUAGCUGGCGAACUGUUAGCUGGAUUACUAUCUGGAGGCCUCGUGUCUGAUUUGCCUAUUUCUACUGAUGUGCUAAGCAAGCUUACUAGUGGUUCCCUUUCCGGUGCACUGCCAAACCUACCUAUUUCUGACAUACCUGGGUUGUCUAAUGGAGGAGUAAAUUCUCUACUUGGUGAAAGCGGAAGUCUGGUGGAUAGCUUGCCGAAAAUGCCUUUAGAGAAUAGCAAAAAUUCAGAAGAGAGCCAAGGGACAGACAAAAGUGAAGAUGAACCUAAAUUGGGCCUGGAUGGUGUUUUAUCAGGAAAACCAGAGAUUCUUCCUUUAACUAGAAAUCAGGAAGGAUUGAUUGUUAUUAAGGAGGUCAUCGUGAAAGAUCUGGUUACAAAAAUGGAGGGCGGUAAUAUGAUAGUUAACUCUAAUGCCACUGUGAUAAUGGGUGGAUCCAACGGCGUCGAGGGUUUGGUCGGGGAAAUACUACAAUUUAAAAUGGAUUGUGAGGUGACAUGUUUACUGUCUUUGAUUCAAGAGAAGACUUGUCCCAGCUUUGGUAUGAAAGACAAAAAAAUUAACCCUAAAGCAGUGAAACUCGAAAUCAUUGAUAAUCCCAUUGUGUCUAUGUUACAGGAAGAAAACUGUCCCAUUUCCUUUAAGCUUCCCGAGAGCAAAAAUGGAACUGAGUCUGAGGAGGAUUUCUUCAGUUAUCAGAUGAAAGAUGCAAAUUUCACUGAAAAAGGCUUUCAAGUUAGCUACUGUGUUAAAUUCAAUGAUAAAGGAAAGGCAAUUGAUGUGUCUGAUGGCCAGAUGCCUCCAAAUCCCGAAAAUGCUAAUACUUCCAUAGGAAUGUCUUCAGCCAUGACCAAGAAACUAAUUACUCGUUUGGGAAGGGAAAUGUCUAAAAAGGAACCGAUAAACGGAACAGAAAUUCUUAUAAAGAAACUUUCCUAUAAAUUCAGUGAGGAUAACCUUCAAUUAAGUUUUGAUUCUGAUAUGAAAAAAGAUGGCGCCAAGAUUGCUACUGGUCACAUGAGUAUGCUCUUCUCCAUUAUCUGUGAGAUUAUCAAUGACCACAUUAAGGGUUCCGUCAACCUUAUAAGCUUUGACUCCAAGACUGAACCUUCUGAUAAUGAAGUUGCCAACAAUAUAAUGAAACGUAUGCCUGAAGAGGUGACGAAACAAAUAAAUGGUAUGUUGAAUAUGCUAUUAGUAAACUUAGAGGAGUAA